AUGACCUUGAAUCCAGACAGCAUGGAUGGUUCAAAUAGUAAGGAUGGCUGUGAACUAGAUUCGGAAAAAUUGAAACCUGUGUUACCAGCUAAUGUAAUCUGUGACAUACCUAUUAAUAUUUUAAAAGAAACUGACGAUUCUAUAUCUUUCGUAAUACCUAAAGGCGCGCUAAUGCCUAGUGACUGUAUAUCUGAUAAAGGCGAAGAUAUAUCACCGUUCGUCUCUUCGUCAAAUGAGGUGGAUAAUCUGUUAAAGGAAAGAGAUAUUUUGGAUGGGUCAAACAAUAUCGCCUUAAGUCUUGAAAAAUUGAAACAACCUUUAUCAGAGGAUUUUCACGACACAAAUAUUACACCCGAAGGGAAAGUCAAAUCACCAAAGGGAGUAGUGAUAGCGAAGGACAUAAACGGAAAAAGAAACCUGCGAAAAAGGGACAAAUGUUUAGGCUUCUAUUCUAUAAAAGAACAGCCGAGUCAUUUAAUAGAAUGUGAUUAUACUCUUUCAACAAUUAAUGCACAAGUUAAAAAACAAAAAUCCUUUUUACGUCACUUUAAAGUGGAUAACAAUUUAAAGAAUAUAGUGUUUCCGCUCAUGGAGUCAGAUACGAUAUCGUUGAUAGCACAGAAAGAUAAAAUAAUUUGUAUGUUUGGAGUACACUAUUUUAAAAAAUAUGGUGAGACACAUUCUGUAAUGACUUCACAUAAAAUGCGAGACUUGGCGAAAUUGCUGGUGGAAGUAAACAAAUUGAAACCGAAAAUAAGUUGCCUGGAAGAAGUAUUAAAACCGCAGUACUAUAGAACUUUAGUAGACGCGUCAAAAAAUGUUAUACAAUAUAAUAAGAAAGAAACACAAUUUGAAGCACUCUCUUACGUUUUGAAUAUUGCAAACUUGUUAAAAUAUUGUUGCAGAAUAGCUAUUUCAGAAAGUUCAAAAUUAUUAGAAACGCCUGAAUCUGUUAAAUUUAAGGAAGAUAUGAAGUCACUAAUCCUUCAAAUAAACAGAAACUGGAGGCAAGAUAUUGCAACACUAGUACAUUGUAGUGAUAAUUCGGAUUCUGAUUAA